AUGUGACCCGAGAGCACGUGUACAUGAGUGCCUGCGUGAUGACGUCUUCCAAUGGUCUGACGUACCGCAAAAUGGUGGUGCCCUUGUUACAAUGGGGUCUGUUGUUCACUUGUUAGCCAACUUAUUGUGAUCAACUGUGGAUUAUUGCUACAACUGUCUGAUUUAGGCGAUUUAUUCGGACGUCUACAUGUUAAAGCAGUCCAGCACAGCGGGUCCAUCCACCGCCUCUCCUCAAUCAAUGAAGGAAUCCAAGGAAAAUUCGUCAAUGACGGGCCAGGCAAUCUUGGACCAUAUAAAACCAUGCUGGUACUGGGACAAGAAGGAUUUAGCCCACACGCCCUCUCAGUCUGAGGGUCUGGACCCUGGCACAGAGGCCCGGUAUCGCAGAGAAGGGGCUCGCUUCAUAUUCGACGUGGGGACCCGACUUGGCCUACACUACGACACACUGGCAACGGGCAUCAUAUAUUUCCACCGCUUCUACAUGUUUCACUCCUUCAAGCAGUUUCCCAGAUAUGUGACGGGAGCUUGUUGUCUUUUCUUGGCUGGUAAAGUAGAGGAAACCCCAAAGAAGUGCAAAGAUAUCAUUAAAACUGCCCGCAGCCUCCUGAAUGAUGUGCAGUUUGCACAGUUUGGAGAUGAUCCCAAGGAAGAGGUGAUGGUGUUGGAGAGAAUUUUGCUCCAGACGAUCAAGUUUGACCUGCAGGUGGAGCACCCCUACAUGUUCCUGCUGCGCUAUGUCAAGCAGCUCAAAGGGGAGAAGAAUAAAGUUUGCAAGGUGCUGCAAAUGGCUUGGACCUUUGUCAACGACAGCCUGUGCACCAUGCUGUCUCUGCAGUGGGAGCCGGAGAUCAUCGCGGUCGCUGUCAUGUACCUGGCUGGCCGCCUGUGCAAAUUCGACAUCCAGGAAUGGACCAACAAGCAGUCUACACGCCGCUGGUGGGAGCAGUUUGUCCAGGACGUUCCAGUGGAGCUACUUGAAGACAUUUGCCACCAGAUCCUGGACCUGUACUCUCAGGGAAACAAACCCAUCCCUCAGCAGAUGCAGGAGAAGGAGAGGGCACCUGCUACUCCGACCUCUGCUCCUCCAGCUCCACAGGGACAACCGCCAGCUGCCAACCCUCCUCCCCCACCACCAAAAAAGACUUCCCCUCAGGGUGGUAGCCCAUCGCGCCAGCUUAAACGCUCACAUACAUCCCCCAAAGAUGAACCAAAGGCUCCAGAACAAGUUGGAUCAAAGAUUCCUCGACUCGAGAGCCCCAUGCCUCCGCUACCCACAACGCAGCCUCCCCCAGCUCCUCCCGCAGAAGCAGAACCAGGAAGUGAAACAGCUCCUCCUCCCCCACAGGCUCCACCUCCACACCAGCCUCCUCCGCUUCCCCACCGCCCUCCUCCACCACCACCUUCCAACUACUUGAUGUCCACAACGAGCUCCUACAUGUCUGGUGAAGGCUACCAGAGCCUACAGUCCAUGAUGAAGACUGAGGGUCCCUCCUACUCCAUGCCGCCCAGCUACGCACCCCCAAUGUAUCACGUCUAUCCACCACCUUCAGCACCUCCUCCUGGCCCACCGCCUCCUCCCUCCACAUACCCACCACCCAGCUUGCCACCAUCCUAUCCACCACCGGUCUACAACAACUACCCCCCGCCACCGCCUCCACGCAUGCCACCAGGCCACGUGCCUCCACCAGUGAUGGCCCUUCCACCCACUGGGUACCCUCCUCCACCUCCAGUGCCUCCAGGACAGUCACAGGUGCCCUUGCCCCCACCGCCUGGUAUGCCUAUGAACCGUGGCGCAUGGAUGAGAUGAGAAUGUGAUAAGUCUGAACUGAGGUUGUGCAGAGCCACAACUGGGGCGAAUAAAAACAACCAGGAUCUUGGAGCAAAACACGAAAAGCGGAGCUGCUUCAUGACUCUUAGAACUUCUGAUAGAGAGGUGCAGGGUUGUGAAAGAAAGCGUGUAGGUAAAUGGACUUUAAAGAUAAUGUGAGGUCUGGACAGUAUUGUUAUGGGACGUGAUAGGAAGGUUAACGAAUUAGCAAAUAUGUACAGGAUAGGUACUCAAAGUGCCCAAUUGGAGGAGCUUAUAAGAAACACUGUCCAGUCAUUGUUUUUAUUAGUUUUUUCUGGAAAUUUUUCAGGAAAUAAGAGAUUUUUUUUCUGUUGUCAUACAUGCACUCUCACUAAUUGUGGGGUGGUGAAAUGUUCCAGUUUCAUUCAGCCUUUGAGUGGAUCUAAGGUUGGGUCUUCUGUUCCUUUAUUCUAUCAGCUUUAUUGGUUUUCCUGAAUACACCUCCCUUCACUUUGUGUUCUCUUCUCCACAUUCUCUUUGUUUUGCUGAGAGCAGUGUAAUAAAAUCUUAAGGUGGUAGAAUAUGCUGUGGGACUGUCGUAUUGAAAGACUUGAACAGAAACAUGCUGUAUAUUUUGUGCGGUUUAAACAGCGGUUUGUUUGUUUGGUUUUUACAUUUUACUCUGAUAAUGCUGAGGUAGUGUUGCAAGACAUUUCUGCUGCUUUUUCCCCCUCAUGUCACCACCAACCGCGUCUGCACCCAGAGCAGUAAACAUUAAAACAAUUUUUAAAACUAAAAGGUUCUAAUUUUCUCUUUCGCCGUCUAUGGUCUAAUAAGCCCAAUAAAGAAGAAAAGAAAAACUGA